GGAGAGAUACCCAGAGGCAGAGAAGUUGGAGUGUUUUCAGGGUUGCGUCGAGUAUUGGCUUUGGCCGUUUGAUAUGUGUUUUAUGAGCACGGUCACUUGUUUGUCUUGUACUUUUUAGUCGGUCCGUCGGCUUUUGCUUCGUUUGGGGUCUAAGCUAUGACGAGGGUAUACAUGUGCCAACUCGGGAUAUGCCCUUGUACCGUCUGUGUAUGUUGUGGUUUGUUGUUCAUGAGCACGUGGGAAUGGGCAGGGAGUGUUGGGAUGUGGAAUGUCACUCCUGAGGUUCGCAUCGCAGGGCGGUUUGUUGCUGUUCUCACCUGUUGUGUGUACGUCUGCCUGUCCUGUCGCGCAGAUUUUCUUGAGGAGACAGGAUGCCUUGUUCAACGCUACAUAUUGGCUUACGGAAGGAACACAACUGACAAGGGCGGAUAAUCGAGAACUCGAGCACUCGGACGCCACGAUGGAGAUACAUUCAGCACCUUAGGAUGGUACGUCUAG